CCGCGGGUCCCUUUUGACGCCCGGCAAGCUCUUACUAGUCUAGCAAUCGGGCUUGUAGCCAAGAUCAAUCAAGCGGUGCCACAAUCUCAACAGUAUUGACGUAAAUCUUACUCAUUUACCUGGUUCGAGAUCCGAUUUGGAUCUAUCUACCUACACAGCCUUUUCUAUCUUUAGAUCUACACCGAUGUAUACUGCAGAUCCACAGAAGUCUAAACUUGUUUAGUCUUCUGUACAACAGGACAUUGAUGAAUGACGAAUGCUGUGAAGAUGAUCAAAUGGCCACUACAAGAACGACGACGGGAUCAAUCAAUCAUGAUCAGCAUCAUGUUAAACAAACUCCGGCAUUCCAUGCACCAAUCGGCGCUCAUACCGGUUGUCUGAAAGCAUAUCAUCGUCUCGAAGUUACAGGCUGCAUCAUGCAGACCGCGAUCACAGAUUUAGGGAUCGUGGGUAAAUCGAUGUACCUUACAUAUGCUGCACCCCAACGGGAGAGCCUUCUCGGUUGAAGA